AUGGCACAAAGUUUCCUCCAAAACUCCAUCUUCGAUCUUGGACACAAUUAUUAUCAUGUUCAGACAACAGAUGAAUUGAACUUAUUAGUUAAGGAGUUAAAGUUGAUUCUCUAUGGUGAUGACAACUCUGAGCCUUGUGAGGAAGCAUGUGCACAGUUGACUGAGCAAUUCUUUAGAGAAGACAUAAUGCGUCUUCUCAUUAUCUUUCUUCCCAAGUUGAACUUGGAGGCACGUAAAGAUGCAACCCAAGUUGUUGCAAGUUUGCAAAGGCAACCCUUGCCAUCACGUUUCCAAGCUUCCAAAUAUUUAGAAUCCAAUCUAGAUCUUGUUGAUAUUCUAAUAUCCGGUUAUGAAGAUCCUUUAUUAGCUCUCCAUUAUGGAAGGAUGUUAAAAGAGUGCCUACGUCAUCAAGUUGUUGCUAGUUAUAUAUUAGAACCAAUUCAACUAAAGAAACUUUUUGGUUACAUACAACUUCCAAGUUUCGAUAUUGCUGCAGAUGCCACCGAUACCUUCAAGGAUCUAUUGACUAGGCAUAAGUCCACUGUAUCCGAAUCACUAUCCAAAAACUAUUCUUGGUUUUUUACAGAAUUUAAUGAGAAACUACUAAAAUCAUCAAACUAUAUCACUAAAAGACAAGCUGUUAAGUUAUUAGGAAGCAUAAUGCUUGAUCGUUCAAAUUCUAUCGUUAUGAGACGCUAUGUCAGUUCAAAAGACAAUUUGAUCAUUCUAAUGAAUCUUCUAAGGGAUACAAGUAGGAGCAUCCAGAUAGAUGCUUUUCAUGUGUUCAAGGUUUGGAUACGUAAACUUAUAUACCUUUAA